CAUUAACUAAAGAUAAUGCAGGCAAGUGAACUGCAUUACCAUCAAUAGCUCAUAUUGUUUUAUAUUUCACCAGCUUAAGUAUACAAUGAUGUAUCUAAAUUUUUAACUAAGCUUAAAUUUAGAUCUCACAACAUUAUUAAACAAUAAACAUGCACUUAUCAUUUAACUGAUUAUACCAAAAACUUGCAAAGCGCAACAAUUUUUUGCUUACAAAAUUCGCCUUCUUUGAAUUCGCUUCGAUAUUCUUCACCAAUCUCUUCUGUGCGUAUUUGUUUUGCACACAUUUUCGUAUCAUCCUAUGUUUUUUUGUUGUAAACAAAAUUUGAGAGUGAAAUAUAAAAUCACGCCAAUUUUAUAAGUUCAAAAAUAAAAAUAUAUUGUGUUUCUUUACGUACAUUAAAAAGGUCAAGAUUCCUAUAGAUUUUAUUAUCUAAAAUGACUUUAACAAAGACUGUAGACCAAGCCACCAUACUUAGCGGUGAUCGUUCCAAAUUGAAAGAUUUACUUUGCAAUCGUUUAGCCGAAUGUGGCUGGAGAGAUGAGGUGCGUCUAAUGUGUCGUAACAUUAUUAAGGAGAAGGGCAGUAACAUUAAAGUGGAACAGUUGAUUGCCGAUGUAACACCUCGCGCUCGUGCCACUGUUCCUGAUGCAGUUAAAAAAGAGUUACUUAUGAAGAUCAAAGCGAUUUUAGCUGCGCAGGAGGGCAUAGAUUUAUAAAGUAGACUACAGAAACGGAAAUGAGUAUUUUGAAAUUAUAAAUAACACCUUUUUUUAAAUACUUAUACUUAGAUUUUGAUGCAUUCAAAGGAUUGUGCGAUUAUUUCAAUACAAAAAUAAAUUAAUUAUACGUUUAGGUUUAUUUA